AUGACUGAAUUUGUUCAACCAGUCAAUCAAUCAAUUUCACAUUUUCAACUUGGAUCAAUGAAUGAUGUAGAUAAUUUCGAUAUAGAUCGAUUAAAUAGUUCAUUACAAUAUGGUGAUCAUCAUAUUAUUGAAGAUAAUACAAAAAAAAAAGAAAGAAAAAAAUUAAAGAAAAAAGAAGAAGAAAAUGAAAAACGU